GUUUCAGCUCCGCACAGCCCCUUACAGGGUCUUGUAGCCAUUAGCGAGGUUGUUGUUAACGAUAAGUAAAAUGAGGAUCGCCUUAAUCGCUGUUAUCGCCUCUUCUCUCGUUUGUCACGUUUUUUCGAUUACAUGUUAUCAAUGUGUUCCCGAGAUGACCGCCAAUUGUAGUUCAUUUAACACUAAACAGUGCAUCCACCACCAAAUUAAGCGGACCUGUCCCGAGGGAAUGGAUUCUUGUAUGCGGACACAUGUUAGUGGGAUUUUUAACGGUGCGACGAUUGACGUAGAAAAAAGAUCCUGUGCGAGUACCUCCACUUGUGGAAGUUUGAAGACCUCGUGUGACCGGGAUCGAAUGAACUUGACGGAUGUAAAGUGUGAUUGGUCAUGUUGUCGCAGUGACCUGUGCAAUGUAGGCCAUGACGUGGGUUACAGCCCUAUUCUUUUUCUCGUGGUUGCCUUUUUGACUGUUUUCCUUUGACCCACAAUCUUUAAGACGCCGGCGGUGGUUACCAAGAGAUUAUGGCUGAAUAGUACGUGUCUGCUUAUCCUAGGCAGAUUUUGAACGAUAUGUAUCACAGGAGACUGCGUAAGAAAGACUUGGGAACAUUAAUCUUGUAUUGAGCGUCAGUAUGCU